UGAGGUCGGCGCGUUUUACUACAGUCCUCCCGAACGUAUAGAAUAUAUUACAGACUUCAUAAGCAUCGGAGGCGUAUGCAGGUCACCAGAACGUGCUUAUGAUCUGUGGUUUGAAAAUUACAUGUUUGCUUCAAGGUUUUUUUUUUUUUUUUUUUGAAAAGGCUCAGGUGGUCGUAAGGCUGAGUUCAGCGUCUAGACAGGGGACGGAGCGCCGGUAGAUGGCAGUCGUGUCCCUUCUGCACUAGACAGGAAGACGCAGCAUCAAACCCUCACACUUAGUACACAGGCUAUACACAAUCACACGCGCACAUGUGUGCGUCAAACAGGCGCUACAGACCUGUCCGAAGGCGCGUCACAUAAUCUAUAGCGUUCAGGGUUAUUGCACUCGACCAAUCAUCGGUAAGAUGGAAAAAGAUUAUUGGACCAUUGACUUUUACGCAUCCAAGACGACGCCGGUGAGGACAGUCAGAAGAGUGAGACUUUGUGCUGAGGGCUACAUCGAUACGUGUUAGAAGAUUCUUGGUGUCACCAGCGGAGCGCGCUGAGCCGAUACCCACGGAGAGCCGCGCGUCAUUGGGUACCGCACUAGACACUUCACACCAGAACUUCAUUCACCGACGAGAUCUCGACGUAUUCGACGGGUCUCACCUCUUUCAGAUGUCCCUGCUCGCAGGGUGACUCACUUGUAGCUGUUCUCCGUUCGGCAACUCGCUCGCUGCGUAAUUCCACGGCUCGGCGCCGAGCGCAGCAUCAUUCGCGUGGAUUUUCGUCGCGUCACUGGAUUGCUUUCCGCCGGAGUUGAGUUGAACUGUAUCGAGCACGUAGUGGGAUGUAGCUUUUGACGAAUACCUCGCCUAAGACAAGUUUAUAAACGCUCGAAAAGGAACUACGGCCGUGGUUAGUGUCUGCCGUUUAACUAAAAAAAAGGGGAUUCGACUCAUUUUGGCGCAUUUUCGUCCACUUUCCUUGAAAACACACGCACACAAAAAAAGGAACUUGCCGGAUUUUGUCCUUUUUUUCCCUCCCUUUCCAAAAGAUCCUCGUGGUCUCGGAUAGGAUGUGAUACGCGAAUAUUCGCGUUUGCCAACGCACGAGGCUCCUCUCUCAAGGCAUUCCGUAGGACAUAAUCACAUUUCAAGGAAAUAAGCAUCUUGAAAUCCGCACUGGGCUGUGAGUAGAAAUCUAAUCAGAUCGGGUGCGUAAAAGGAGGAAGAAAAGUUCCGUUUUAAACCACGACCGUGGAGUAAGAACAGCACGGGUCUUCGUUUAUGGUCUGUUGAAGAUUGGGAUGAAGAAGAAGAUGCAGGGAAUGGUCCACCUCAGGGAUAAAACCCAUCUAGAUGCGUGCUGGCUGAAUGUGAAACCUCAAAUCUGUGUUGCCGAACGCCAAGAAUGACACGCGAAACCGGGGAGACGACGAUUUAAUUGAUUUAUCAGCAGGAAAAAGACUUGGUUUCACCGGAUUUUGAUGAUGCGGGGCGAGAAAGCAUCGAGAUAUCUGUUCUAGAGGCACCCGUCCAUACGAUGGCAUUGACAGGAAGACCGAAUGGAUAUACAGCGGCGAAUUUCUUCUCAUAGAAGCUUGUGAAUGCAAAACUGCUCUUGGAUAGCUUGGAUAGCCCAGAGUACACGCUGAAGAACAUUUCAUUCUCAUCGCGCUUCAUUACUUGAGAAUUGCAGAUGGAUUUUGGUGCUCUGGAAGCGAACGGAACGUCUGCGAUUUGAACCUCACAGAUUAAGAAAGGUGAAGCCAGCUAGCGAAAACCGAGCGUGAAGAUGUCCAGAAACUGCUGGCACUGUGGAAGACUUGGCAGUUCAGCCUAAUAAAACCCUUCCCAUAGAGUGGAGAACCUGUCAGCGAAUUAUGAAUGAUAAACAAGAUGACCUCCUCCCUGAUGCAGCAGACGAUGAGAGGUCCUAGGUGGAACCGGGCCCUGUCCGACCCACUGUUUGUGCUGUCACUGGCCCUGCAGCUUCUGGUGGUGGCUGGCCUGGUGCGAGCGCAGACCUGCCCCUCCGUCUGCUCUUGUAGCAACCAGUUCAGCAAGGUCAUCUGUACUCGACGCGGCCUUCGAGAUGUACCCGAUGGUAUUUCCACCAACACAAGGUACCUGAACCUUCAGGAGAACCUCAUCCAGGUGAUCAAAGUCGACAGCUUCAAGCAUCUAAGGCACCUGGAGAUCCUGCAGCUCAGCAAGAACCACAUCCGCAACAUUGAAAUUGGAGCUUUCAAUGGGCUGGCUAACCUCAACACUCUGGAGCUCUUCGAUAAUCGUCUAACCACAAUCCCCAAUGGGGCUUUCGAGUACCUGUCCAAACUUAAAGAGCUUUGGUUGAGGAAUAACCCAAUCGAGAGUAUACCCUCUUAUGCCUUCAACCGUGUACCAUCGCUGCGAAGGCUGGACUUGGGUGAGCUGAAAAGGCUCUCGUAUAUCUCAGAAGGUGCCUUUGAAGGCCUCAGCAACCUGCGGUACCUGAACCUGGGCAUGUGCAACUUAAAGGAGAUCCCCAACCUCAUUCCUCUCGUCCGUUUGGAUGAGUUGGAGAUGUCAGGAAACCAGCUAUCUAUAAUAAGGCCAGGCUCUUUCAAAGGCCUCGUCCACUUACAGAAACUAUGGAUGAUGCAUGCGCAGAUCCAGACGAUUGAGAGAAAUGCCUUUGAUGAUCUUCAGUCCCUCGUGGAGCUCAAUUUGGCCCAUAACAACCUUACCCUCCUGCCUCAUGACCUCUUCACCCCACUACACCACUUGGAGAGGGUACACUUGCACCACAACCCCUGGAACUGCAACUGUGACAUCCUCUGGCUUAGUUGGUGGCUAAAGGAAAUGGUGCCGGCCAAUACCAGUUGCUGUGCUCGCUGCUCGUCACCUGCCAGCCACAAGGGGCGUUAUAUCGGCGAACUUGACCAGAACUAUUUCCAUUGUUAUGCACCGGUGAUCGUGGAGCCACCAGCGGACCUGAACGUGACUGAGGGCAUGGCAGCAGAACUGAAAUGUCGAGCAAAUUCUUUGACCUCUGUCAGCUGGAUCACACCCAAUGGAUCUAUCAUGACACAUGGGGCUUACAAGGUGCGUAUUUCCGUGCUCAAUGAUGGGACAUUAAACUUUACCAAUGUCACAAUGCAGGACACAGGAACGUACACUUGUAUGGUGAGCAACUCCGCAGGUAACACAACAGCCUCGGCUACGCUCAAUGUGUCCUCAACAGAGAACAGCAGCUUCAGUUACUUUACCACAGUUACCGUCGAGACCACAGAAGCGGCACACGAUGAGGGCCAUCCAACGGUACAGCAGAAGGGGGGCCCCACUCCUUCUUCUGGGAUUUGGGAGACCUUACCACCUUCUUUCACUACCACAACCACGACAGCACGGACGCCACUGUCCACCAAGGCCACUGACAAGACCUACACCAUCCCAGUCACAGCCCUGAUUGAUGGCUCCCUCAACACCUUGGAUGAGGUCAUGAAGACCACAAAGAUCAUCAUUGGUUGCUUUGUGGCCAUCACGCUGAUGGCAGCCGUCAUGCUGAUCAUAUUUUAUAAAAUGCGCAAACAGCAUCACCAGCAGAACCACCACGCACCAACGCGAACCAUCGAGAUCAUAAACGUGGAUGAGGAUUGUGUAACAGGUGGACCUACCAUGGAGGGCCACCUCGCCCUCCCCCCACUGGAGCAUGAGCACCUGAAUCACUACAACGCCUACAAGACUGCGUACAACCAUGCCUCCACCAUCAAUUCUAUACACAGCUCUGCCCACGAACCUUUGCUAAUUCGGGCCAGCUCAAAAGACAAUGUACAAGAAACCCAGAUCUGAACUGCUUUUCAUAAUGUGGAUUAAACAAAGAAAAAAAAAAGACUUCUAAAACUUUUAUGGAACUGUAAGUGACAUAUCGAUUUUGAAGAUUGUCGAAACAAAGACACAGUAGACCGAUGCAAGACGUAUAAGAAGGAUGCUGACAAGCAGAAAAGGACUAUGGGAGUUGAGUGUACGUCAACCGUUUCAAAAGUGUCUUUACAUAACAGAAGUUAUUUAUUUAAGGAAAAUAACUAUUGUGGUUUAAUCAAGAAAAGAUGUAAUCUGCAAUUAUUUUUCCAGCAAUUAUUUCUCCAUGUUUUUUAAUGUUAUUUUAAAGGUUGUUGGUUUACUAAUAUGCUUUUAAACUCUGUUUAAAUCUGUUGUUCUGUAUGUAAGGACCCAAGUCAUUUGCAGAUGAAUCUGAAACUUUCCAUGUUUCUCAAAUCUGAUGAUUCCCAUUUAAUGUCGAUACAUUUGUGUUAGUGUCGUAUUAGAAAACGUCCACAACAAUAAUUGUUUGUUUAAAUUGAUCAUGUUAAUUCUAAUUGAUUCGUUUCUUGACUCCCUUUAAUUUGUGAUAUUUGACUAUCACAUUGUUCAGUUGUCCUUGCUGAAAAAGUGGCUCUUUAAGCUAUUGGUCCCACUGUUAGAUGGUUUUGGGCACUUUUCAACUGGACAGACUGGAAGACAAGCUUUAAACAGCUAAUUUUUCAACAGGGAUGCCUGCUACAAAUUACGUGCAGAUGUAAGCCUGGCUUCUCCACCCUAAAAUUUAGAACAAGGAGCCCUGGAAACGUGUCCCAAUUAAAAUCGGGCCAAAUGUCAGGAGCACAUGUCUGUUUGAUGCAUGCAGGGCAAUUUCAAAUAAUUUCUGUGCUCGGACCAGAAGAUUUAUGGAUUAAAGUUACCAUUUGGAGGCAUCCUACAUGACCUUAAAUACAUGUUGAGGCAUUUCAUGCUUAAAAUAAGCUUUAUUUAAGUCCUUAAACUGUUUUAUGCAUUUUCCUUCUUAUGGUGUAUAACAUCUUGGGUUCCUGUGACAGUUCAUCUUUGACACCCAACUAAAGUUUCCAAAUACUCAGAUGCAGCACAUACAUUCUAUGCCAAAUUCUAUAUGGGCAGGGGGCUGUAGGCCUUUAUUUGAAGUGGAGAAAGCAUAGAACUGGUACUGGACAUUUCCAUUUCAGUCCACUUGUCUUGGUGCUCUCCAUGGAUACAGUUGAGUGAAAUCAUUCUGGAAUGGUCUAAAAGCCAGACACAGAACCCUAAAUAAGAGGGCUAAGUCAGUGUGGCUCAGAUCUAAGGCUUCCAAAGAUGCCACAGGUGUGUCUUUAUAGAUUCUAUGAACCGAUUGUGUUUUUGUCCCCCUCUCACUAGUUCUUUUUUUUUUAAUUCUUUCAUAUUCUAUCUUCCAUCAUUCGGCGCUGUCAAUCUUUUUAGGCAGUUAUGCAAUUCUUUUUAAACUUUUAAAUCAUAUUCAGUUUAUUUUCAGUACAGACCGAGGAUGAUACAUCCAUCCAAGGCUUUACAAACUCAGUAGCCUUUGGCUGCAGGGGGAAAGACUUGACAUUAUGAAUUAAUUUAUGAAAUCAGAAUGGCCUGAGACGGUCACUAUAGAAACCAGUGACCUUGGACGGGCCGGGGAGUCACCGACAGACAUUGGCUUGACACUUUAAAUGUAUUCAGAGUCAAAUGGGAGAGCGAGGCUGGGUGAAAAAGCCAAAGUGGACUCAUUUGAAGUGCAUCAUUUAAUCUAUAAAGCAAUCUAGAGGUCUAUAGGUAAUUUGAAUUAAAACCAAUAAACCUGUGAUAUUUUAUUCAGAUCCGUAGCGUUUCGUUUUUGGCCGUUUAGAAUUCAUGCAAAGUGCACAGGGGACUGAUUAGGAGAUUUUUCUCAUGCGUUUCUGGUCUUAAUACAGAUGCCAACUGAUAGCAUGUGGCAUUUGGUGAACUUUCCCAUAUCAUAUUUUGAUCACACACCAGAUGCACUCUGAUUUUAAAAGAUCUAAUGCAAUUAUCCUUGUCAGUUUUGCUAUUUCUGAUCAUUACGAAAAAAGUUUUUGAGCGUACCUCCUGCCCACUAGAUGCAAAGGCCAUCUGGUACAUUUUCUAAUCAAGAUAUCAAAGCGUGCAAAAAAAGACUGUUCUUCAUCUGAAUAUGCUGCUCUUUCGAAUCUUAAUUCAUUUUCUUGUCUUUCUGAUUUUAGUUUGCGUUCUCACUGAAAUUGAUGUCAAUCUGAACAUAAAGCGGGAAAAAAAAUCCUUAUCUUCAAUGGAGUUUAGCACAAAAGUAAACCAAGUCAUUGGGUUUUCAGUUGCAUUUUAUUUAUUCUUAAGGAAUAGAAUCAUGUCUUAAAUUGUCAUAAUUUUUGGAAAAGGUCUUUGUCGUUUUUUAUGAUAUGAUAAUUUUUAUUAUAAUUUUUGUUUUUCAACUUCUUGUGAUUUUCUUUUUUCUGUAUGUUUGUUCAGUCCCUUCAUGCAAACACGUCUGUGUUUUGGGUUUCAGUUUAGGAGUGAACGAGAUGCUUUUCUCUCCGUUUCACGUAACUUCUUUCUUUUCGUCUCUGAGAGGGAAUGCUGUUCUAGUGGUAGAUUUCUAUAAAAAUACAUUUUGAAAAUAAAAACGAAAAAAAGAAAAAACAAAAACAAAAACUUUUUAAAUUUUAAUUUUACAUGUGCCAACCUGUUCUAAAAGAUGAAAAAAAAAAAAAAAGAGAGCGAGAUAUGCUGUAAAAGACGACUGGAUUGAUUUUCAUGUAAACAUUAUUUCAUGACCUUUAAAAAAAGAUGGAGAUCGAUUAUAGAAAUCAGAGUUUGUAGUUCAUACACAAGAUAAGGUUACAAAUAAACUAUCAUUGUCUUUUC